AUGAGCGUCCGCAUGCCUGUAGUAGGGUGGAACAUUGAGCAAUACGACGUACCUCACAACACAGAGAGUACCCGUCGGAAAAAGGAGCAGUUUGGAGGUAAGCCUCCGGCACCCGUUGACGGUAUCAAGUUUGUCUGUCUGGACCACAGGUUCAACAUCAAACCGGGCAACUGUACUGUCUUCUCCUUCGGCAUCAACAACGAGUGGUCUUUCGAGGACGAUUUUGCAAAAUUCGGCUGUAAGGUGUAUGCCUACGACCCCACCAUGGGCAAGGAGGAUCACCAACAUUCAGCCAAUGUUCAGUUCUUCGCUGUGGGCAUCGCUAACUAUAAGGGCACCAAGAAGAUUGGCAUGGACAACAUCUGGGCCACACGAAAGGUGGAUCGCUUUGAGAACAUGGUGAAGGACGUUGGCCUGGCAGGGACGCAGAUAGACUUCGUGAAGCUGGAUGUAGAGCUGUCGGAGGUGGACUUCCUGCAGGAUAUGUUGUUCAAUUCCCCGCACGUCCUCAGGAAUAUCAAACAGAUCGCCAUGGAAGUACACGACGGCUGGUUCAAAGAUGAUCUGAGUCAGACAAGCAGACAGCAUGUGUUCUGGCCGUACUUCAUGAUGCUGAAGUGUCACGGCUUCCGUCUCAUCCAGUCUCGUGCAGCAGGAGCCUGGAGGGAGGUAGUGUGGGGUCGUGAAGUCAACUGGUAGCCCCUGUGCUCCUGUUGGUAGUUAACUGGUAGCCCCUGUCUUCUUCUUGAUAGAUAACUGGUAACCCCUGUCUUGUUGGUAGUUAACUUGUAGCCCGUAUCGUCCUGUUGGCAAUUAACUGAUAGCCCCUGCCUUUCUGUUGGUAGUCAAAUGGUAGCCCCUGUCCUCCUGUUGGUAGUCAACUGGUAGUCCCUGUCCUCCUGUUGGUAGCCAACUGGUAGCCCCUGUCCUCCUGUUGGUAGUCAACUGGUAGUCCCUGUCCUGUUGUUAGUCAACCGGUAGCCCCUGUUCUCCUGUUGGUAGUCAACUGGUAGUCCCUGUCCUCCUGUUAGUCAACUGGUAGCCUCUGUCCUCCUGUUGGUAGUUAACUGGUAGCCCCUGUUCUCCUGUUGGUAGUUAACUGGUAGCCCCUGUCCUCCUGUCGGUAGUUAACUGGUAGCUCCUGUUCUACUGUUGGUAGUUAACUGGUAGCCCUUGUCCUGUUGUUAGUCAACUGGUAGCCCCUGUCCUACUGUUGUUAGUCAACUGGUAGCCCUUGUCUUCCUGAUAGUAACGUAGGUUCAUGAAGUUACCUGGUAGCAUCCCCUCCUCCCUUCGCCCUGAUGGUGGCAACAAGGAAGAUUGCCAGCCAAUAUUUCGCUUUUCGAUAAAGUUUUCCUUCAGCGAAAAAUCGUCAUUAAUAUAAGCACAGUCAUGUGUUUGUACUACCCACCAACUCAGCUCACCCAUCCCAUCUACCUUCCUGUCCAUUGGUAACAAUCUUACAUCAUGUCCAAAGAGUUGAAAUUCAGCUUACACGCUGGAGAACAUGCAUUUGUUCUUAUAUUUCCCAGGACAAUGUUCUGGAGCGGGGCUUUGUAGUUCUCGAGAACAUACAAUAUAUCGCUUAUAAGGUGAAGUUUGCAUACAAUGCAUAAGUAACAUUUCACUUUUGCCGUAAUGUUAGGUUAAUUAAGAUUAAUUUAUUGUAGGUGAGGUAAGGAGAGUUGCAGCUUCCACGAACUGAACCUGGCAACGUUAUUGCGAAUCGUGAUUCUGCAUUAUACGUUGUUACUUGUAAAGGUUUAAAAAAAAAUCAGUGGCAAGUACAGAUUAUUGUUGUCACUGGAGAUGCAUCAUUGUCCUGCAGUGAGAAUUUAGACUGAGACUAAGUUAGGUAAAGUUUGCCAGGAAACAGGACAAGUGUUUCUUGACGCGGGUCUUACUCAUAUGAUGACCCGUAACUGGAGCUUUUGGUCAUCUGACCGAGGCCUU